GUUCACACUCCUCUCCCCUAGAAAUAUUUCAACAAGUGAAGUUGAAACAAGUCCUACCAUGAAGGUAGAUGACGUGGACAAGGAAACCCCAUGUAUGGAGGAUGAAUAUUAUUAUAAGGAUAUACAAGAUAUAAAUGAUCAAUUAUAUGUGCAAUUCCUCAAGCAACAAGAGAAGGUGCUCUCCCUGAGUGGUCGGAUUAACUCAAGUGAAGAAGAGACAAGAGUACUUCAAGUAAAGUUGGUGAAAUCCAAGGCCCAAAUAUGUGGCCUAGAGGAUGAGAAGAAGUCUCUCCUCGACCGAAUGUGCUUUCUUGAGAGAGCUUGUUUAGACAAAGAGAAUCUUAAGUGA